UGCGGGUGCCGUGAGGAUGUUUCGGUCGCUGCUGCUCCCGCUCCUGCUUCUGCUCCCACCCGCCAGCGCCGCUCCUGCUGCCCGGGCGGUGUGGCCCGGCCUGGAGGAGCGGCUUUAUCCGCAGGUGCGGGACCACUUCAGCUUCGAGACCCGAGGCAACGAGACCUUCCCACAGCGGUACCUGGUGUCGGCAAAGUUCUGGAAGAAAGGAUUUGGACCCAUCUUUUUUUAUGCUGGCAAUGAAGGUGACAUCUGGACUUUUGCUCAGAACUCUGACUUUAUAUUUGAAUUAGCAGAGGAACAGCAAGCACUUGUCAUUUUUGCUGAACAUAGAUACUAUGGGAAGUCUCUUCCCUUUGGACUUGAGUCAACACAGCUGAAGAAGACUGCUCUGCUCACCGUGGAACAAGCCCUUGCUGACUAUGCAGUGCUCAUUACUGAGCUUAAGCAGCAGUUUGGUGCUGCAAAUUGCCCUGUCAUUGCUUUUGGAGGCAGCUAUGGAGGAAUGCUGAGUGCUUACCUGAGGAUGAAAUACCCAAACAUUGUGGCUGGAGCACUAGCUGCCAGUGCUCCUCUGCUGUCUGUAGCUGGGCUUGGAGACUCCACCCAGUUCUUUAGAGAUGUCACCAUGGAUUUUCAGAAGUCCAGCCUAGGCUGUGUCACAGCUGUCCGCAAGGCCUUCCAGCAGAUCAAGGACCUGUGCCUGAGUGGAGCCUAUGAUGAGAUCAGCAGCAAAAUGGCCACAUGCAGUAAGAUCUCUAACAAAGAGGAUGUUUACCAGCUAUUUGGGUUUGCUAGAAAUGCCUUCACCAUGAUGGCCAUGAUGAACUACCCUUACAAGACUGACUUCAUGGGUCACCUCCCUGCCAGUCCAGUGAAGGUCGGCUGUGAACAAAUUCUUGCCCACAGAGACCCAAUUCAAGGCUUGGCUGCUCUUGUUGGGGUGUUUUACAACUCUUCCGGCUUGGCACCAUGUUAUGACAUAUACCAGCUGUACCGGUCCUGUGCUGACCCCACGGGCUGUGGCAUCGGCUUGGAUGCGGAGGCUUGGGACUACCAGGUUUGCACCGAGAUCAACUUAACUUUCAACAGCAACAAUGUCACAGACAUGUUCCCCGAGAUGCCCUUCACAGAGGCCAUGCGGGAGCAGUACUGUUGGAACAAGUGGCACGUGAGGCCACGAACACACUGGUUGCAGACGAACUUUUGGGGAGGAGACCUGAGAAGUGCAAGCAACAUCAUUUUUUCAAAUGGAGACUUGGACCCGUGGGCUGGAGGUGGGAUAAACAGUAGCCUCAGCCCUUCACUGAUUGCACUGACCGUUAAAGGAGGUGCCCAUCACCUUGAUCUCCGGGGACGCAACCCAGCUGACCCGCCGUCGGUCACGGAAGUGCGCAGGCUGGAAGCCAAGAUCAUUGAUGGCUGGGUGAAAUCCGCGGGCAAGGAGUGGGCAUGGAAGCAGCACGUGGGAGCUGCAGCGGGCGGCCAGCUGUGAGCCCUCCAUCCCCACAGCUCCCAGGCAGUGCAGGUUCUGAGCCCCUCCAUCCCCACAGUCCCCUGGGUGGUGCAGCUGCCCCAGGACACAGCAGCCUGCUGAGCUGGGUCCAGGCCGGGUGGGACACUGUUCUCUCCUCUGCCAUGAUGGUGGAAAUUCCCCUUUCCAAAGUGUCCCACCUGCACCUCAUUGAGCAUCAAAAGAAAAGCAAAAGGCCAAAUCACUGACUUGCAGCCAAAACCACACUGUUUGGAGUCCAUGCUUGCCUGCUUGAAAUGAGCUGUUACAACGGGUAGGAAUAAGAAAAGCUUGCCUGGAAGGCCCAAGCACUAUCACAACUCUAAACAAGAUGGUUGCAUGAGGCACCUCAAGCUUGAAGCUAAAUUAUUUUGAGAGAAAAAGUAUUAGAAGACUAGUGGAAAAGCAGAGGUAUGGUCAUGACUGACACAGGGGGCUCCACUGGUGACCAGUUAUCUAAAAACGACUGUCAGCCUCAGCCAGGGCUAUGGGUUUGGGGUAUUUUGGUUUUAACUUGCCCAGGAGAUUCCAGUUGGCGAGAUGAAGAUUUACACAAACUAAUCCUGGUGUGCCAUGCUGCCACUCAAGGGCUGUGUAUUGGGGACCAGUAAAGCAGACUUCCACUGCGACAUUUUCAGAGCUUUUUAAAACAAAUUACAAGUUUAAUAAAGUGUGUGAUAUCAAAGUUUAUUAAAGUGUGUGAUAUAAUUCCAUGGCUUGGAACAUAUAAACGAAUGUAUAACCGAAGAAAAAAAGGGUUCCUUCUCGCCUUCCCAGGUGGAAUAAUGCAGUAACUCAUCCACAGAAACAUGGAUUCUUGCCUACUUGGAAUGACUAUGCACCAAUAAUUAGUAGCAAGCAUAAUUGUAAAUGGAUCAACUGAGGCAGCCAGUUGAUUACUAGGGUUUAAUAUUUUUGCAGUGAUUUUAUUACUUUAGUGGAGAGGCCUCCUGUGUCCCCACAGGUUUCCACUGCUUGUGCAGCACAGUCACAGCAGUGCCUCAGCUCUCUGACACUGCCCAAACAGGCUUUGUGUCAGUGUUUGCACUGAUGGGCCCUCCCUGGUCACCGGAGGGCUGUUUCCCAGAGCCACUGCUGGUAUUUCACACUGUUCAGGUGCUGACACAGGACCCACAUACCUCUGCCCUGUUCUUAAGAACAAAAGGCCGAAGCUUGUGCCCCACCCCCCACCCCAGAAAUGCAGGAGAGAGCAGGAACAGAUGGAUCCAUUCCUUUGUCAACUGCUUCAGAUAUGUGUAAAUGAAGGACAACAUGGAAGACACGAUUAGUCAACUCCAGUCCCCAAGAAAGCUGCUGUAAGCCUGCCAUUGGCACUACAUCUUCAGAAAGACCCAAAUCCUCUGUUCAUGCAGAUGAAAGCCCCCACUGGCCCUGCUCAGAGCUGCCACCAUCACUUCUGCUCCUGCUCAAGUUAGGCUUUGUGUUUGUUGCUCCAGCUGUGGCUUAUAAAAGGCUGCCACACCCAGCCUUACUGAGGUGCUGGACUCAUGUUCAUCCUCCAUGCUCAGAGUCCUCAAUGCGCUGGAAUUCAGAUUUGCUGUAUCCAGGCAUUAUUCAGGAUUAGCACCAAAAUAAAAAAAAAAAAAAAAAAAGCAGAGAGCAAGGAUUACAUCCUGCUAGUAUUCCCUUUCUAACAGUACCCUUAAGUCCCACAAGCAGGCACCCAGUGACACCAGCCCAGCAGUGCAUGAACACAGCCAGGCUCAGGGAGAGCCUUUUUGGGAAAUCACUGCAAGUCACCCCUGCAGUCAGGGUUGGGUUUGGGCUUUGGAGGGAAAGGAGGCCCAGGUGUCUGCUGACCUUCCAGAAGGGCAAGAGUUCUUUAAUCUCCUUAUACUGGACUACACUGAGCUCCUAUUUUCCUCUUACAGAUAGUUCUUGCCCCAAAGGAAUCCACUUAGCGUGAGGAACACCCGCUGAUUGAUAUGGAUGGAUGAAUAAAAGGCUUUCAGACACCAUGGCAAAGAGAUAAACAUGAUACAUAUGGACUUUCAGUACAGAUGAGCAGUGCUAAAAAAGAAACCAUGGCAGAAGUCUGAAGCCAGUGCCACCAACAUCCAUAAUGUGUUGAAGUCUUGGGCAAGCAAGCGUGGGAUGUAAGUGGAAAACCCUGGUUGUGUGGUGCUGUCUGAGCUGAAGGGAAGAACCACAGCCACAUAGCAGCAGUCACUGCUCAUGAGCAUCAUGGGAACACUGCUCCUGGCUCAACUUCAGGGCCACAAAAGGAAAAUGGGGUGCCAGCAGGAGUGACCCAGACCAGAUCAUGGCUGCAGCCCCUCCCCUAUGCUCAACAACCCAGUGGGGUUUUUGAACAAAGGCUCGUUUGUUCCAUCGUCACAUACCAACGUGGCGAGUGGGAGCAACGUGGGAACAUUACACAGAACAGGAACCCAGAUUUCAGUGGAAGCCUCCAGACUUGGACAGCAAUCUCCAGCAAUAUCACAGAGGCGAAAAAACCCCAAGCCCUUCUUACCAAAUCCAAAGUCAGAAAAAUCUUAAACUUUCUGUCGAAGCAACAAGCUUCAUGAAGCUACCCUGUCCUGUCCGUUUUACUGGUCUUGUUAAAUAUACUGAGUGUGGCACUGGAAAUCAGGAGCUGACUUCCCUGCAGGGCUAUUUCUAGGAGCGCACAGCUGAAGGGAAGUCCUAAAGUGCAGGAGAAAUUCACAAAACUGUAAAUGUGUUACUGCAAAAACCUUUCCUGUUCUUAUCCCUCAUCACUGCCAAUAUCACACUGGUAUGGAACUGGAAACAAGGUGUACUCUUUGUCUAGUAUUUGGAGGAGUAAAUACAGGUGUACCUGAACUUGGCAAAAUGCGAAACCUUGGAAUGCGAAAAUCCUGUUACUGGAAAGUCCUGUGAAACACGAGGGGGGCCUCUCAGCCAACACCAGGGACCUGGCAAAACUGCCAGUUUCUAUCACCUGUAAUGAGAAUUCAGCUUUCAGAAGUUCAGAGAUUAGAUGCUAACUGUGCCCCAUCCACCUGCUGAAUUUUCUUCAAGCAAACAGGUCUGUAUUUUUUUCCUAAGCUGUGGCUCAAAGCCCCAAGUAUGAGACUCCCAAGUCCUACAGCCACGCAGCUCUCUGUGGCUCUGCCAGUGCCCGGCUCUGUUCCUCAGUGAAAGCCCAAGGGAACAGUAGAGGCAGUGGGGCCAAGGGUUGUUUUAGUUUAAUUAGGCAGGCACUCUUGGAGAGAAACCACUGCAGCUCUUUGUGCAGAAGGACAGAAUCCCAGCUCAGUGGUGGCCUUUCCACAACAUUCCACUUCAGCCAGGAGCAUCCCAGUACACUGAAACAUCAGAGCGGGUUACGGACCAGGAAGUUCAGGCUUUGGAACAAGGAACCACAGAGUGCUCAAAGGGAAAACUUUUGAUUUUCUGUUGUGCUGGGGGAGCACAUCGUGGAACAGUGAUGGGCUGUGGAGCUCAGAGACUGACCUGACACAACAGUUUGUUAAGAAAGUAAAAAUAAAUUAGCAAUUAAAAUUA